GUGGACUUUAUCCCAGCUUCUUUUUUUCCGGAGGAAAACAAAGCCUUAAAUUGCAACACGAAAAAAAAAAUUUCAUUCGAAAUUAGUGUCCUUAUUGUGCGCUGGGCUUAUACAGAAACUUACAGGUUGUACGUGGAGGGUCUGAAGGUCCACAGCACUCCUCAUGAUCCGCCAGCAUUAAGAUUCUUCCAUACUUGUUCAGGAUGGCUAGUUGUGGUGAGGUCAACCACUCCGUGGGCUCGCUUCCAUCGGGUAAGAAAGGCAGCGGCGGUGGAAGUGGGAGCAGUGCGGAGUCAUCGUGCUCCAGCUCGAGUACCUCCUCCCCGGCCCUGUCUGUCCCAGAGUGCGCCAUCUGUCUGCAGAGCUGUGUCCACCCGGUGCAGCUGCCGUGCCAUCACGUCUUCUGCUUUCUGUGUGUGAAGGGAGCGUCCUGGCAGAGCAAGCGCUGCGCCCUCUGCAGGCAAGAAGUACCCGAUGACUUCCUGGAGCGGCCUACGCUCCUCUCUCCCGAGGAGCUGAAAGCGUCAGCAGGGGGUCGGGGUGGAGCAGGAAACGAUCACGCCUGGUACUACGAGGGCCGCAACGGUUGGUGGCAGUACGAUGAGCGGACCAGCCGCGAGCUGGAGGACGCUUUCUCCAAAGGCAAGAAGACGGCCGAGAUGCUGAUCGCUGGUUUUUUGUAUGUAGCUGACUUGGAGAACAUGGUGCAGUACAGGCGCAAUGAGCACGGUCGGAGACGCAAGAUGAAGAGAGACGUUUUGGAUAUCCCCAAGAAGGGAGUGGCAGGACUGCGUUUGGACGCUGAGAGUGUUUCUGGAGUGGCGGGUAGAGAAAACUCUGCUGACGGCGCAGAUACCGCAGUGGCAGGUGGACAGCUUCCGGUACUCGGUGUCCUGUCCACAUUGCCAGCUGCCGCAGCCGUAGCCAGGCCUCCCAUAUCUCUUGGUGGUCAGCUUGGCGGCGGCGGCGGCCCCACCACCCUGGAGGAUGCUAUGUCUCAGCUGCAAAUCAGCCCCCGGCCCACACCUCCCCCUGAGCGCUCUGAGACUGGGGAAGGGGAGGAGGACGAAGAAGAGGAAGAGGAUGAGGAGGUGGCUUCACCUUCUAGGUCCUCAGACCCUCACACCUCUGUGGAUGAGUCCGGCUCUGGAGAGUGGAGCGACAAUGAGGAAGACGACGAAGAGGACGGGGGCGAUGGAGAGCAUGUGGAGCCCUGGGAUGAGAGGCCGCAGAGGCAAAGACUGAACCCUGAGGACAGAGUUCCUCCUGGAGCCGAGUCCACUUCUCCACCUUCUUCAUCCAGUAGCAGUGGAAGGUCCAGAAUGCCUGAUGGCCAGUGUACAACGACUGGUGUGUGAGAGCGGGCGUUAACACUGUCCGUACACAGCGGCUGUGUUCCAUGAUUUUAUUUGUUCCUGCCUUCACUUGCUGCCGCAGAUCAGACAUGGGCGGCUAAAUUCAGUCACUUUUCUUUAGACAAACCAGAGGAUGGACAGAUGAACAUUUCCAAGUUCCUGAAUUUCCAUAAAUGAUUAAGAACUCUAAACAUUAUGGCAUUGUAUGGUGAAUCUGUCUGGAGUAGGCAGUUCUCAAAAACCUGAGUAACAGUGCAAGAAGGAGAUGGUGAGGGAAGCCACCAAGACACCCAUGACAGCUCUCAAGGAGACGCAGGCUUCUGUGGCUGUGAUUGGAGAAACUGGGGAGAGUGCAACAUUUUUGAUUCAUUACCAGUUACAGCUUCAUGUUGAAGUAGAGCAGAGGAGGGUUUUUUUAAUACAAGAAAGUGACUUAAAUCUAGGCUUCAGUCUCCAUUGUGGCUUCUGGCAAAUUAUUGCAGGUUUUUUUUUUAAUAGAAAAUUCAGUUUUCACUCCACCAUGAAGCAGUAUUACCAUACAGUACCAUACUGUUUAUGUUUCUUAAUGAUUGACAGAAAUGAAGUCCAAUAAAUAUUCAGUGGCUUGAAAAUAAGUUUCAUUUAAACUUCAUUCUGGUACACGGAGCCAAAAAAACAACAAAUUGUUGCUGUCCAAAUACUUAUGGACCAGACAAUUCAACCAUCGAAUCAUGAUUGGCUAACUGAAAGAAAAAAUCAAGAAGAAAUCAUCGAACAAGAAAAUACUGAUCAUUGGUUGUAUCUUUUUAAAUGUGAUGACUUUUUUUUUUUCCUGCUGUUUUGUUUAAUUUUAAAUUGCAUAUCUUUAGGUUUUGAGCUGUCAGACUAACAAAAAAAAGUUAGUCAAGAUAUGGCCUUGAGGUGUAGGAAACUUACUUUUUUUGCACUAUUUUCUGUUUUCAAGCUUAACAAUCAGCAGCCCUGCGUGAUGUCUGUGAGCUUCUGGGACACACGGCGUGAGUGGAACUCAGCCGAUAUCGCCUCACUUUUAGCUCCUAGCUGACACAGAAUACAUAACUUACCGUGCUGCCUACCUCCACCCUGACGAAAUAUUCUCCUCAUUUCAAAACCCGGAAGAUCGGAACGGUUGUCAUUUCAAAUCCUGGUUCAUUUGGAGAGUUGAUGAGGUUGUGGGUGUGGUUUUUGAUGAGGUGCCGAGGACAGACUUUUGUUUUAUAACACGAUGGUUAACUCCAGAGAACCAAUUCCAAUUAACCUGCAACUUUUUCAGCAUCUAAUAUCUGAAGUGAUGAAUCCAGUUUUUAGCAGGUGUAAAUAGAUUGAUGCACCAAAAGUUAGAUGCCCCGCCCCUGAACAGAUUGGUGUGUUUGUCAGCUGAGGUGUUCUUGUUUGCCCUAACCGUGUUCUUAAUUAGCGUGGUCAAAAAUUUCUGAGUCGUGUGUGAGUGAAGAUAGCUUAAAGAAUACUGAGCUGGAGGAUGUUAUUAUUAUUAUUUUUUUUUUUUAACUUUUUAACUUGUUUGUGAUUCUUGAAGUUGUAAAUCCUUUUCUGUAUCAUGUCUGAGUAACAGAACACAAAAAUACUCAAGUUUCCAUUUCCAACAUGUUAACAUCAGCUCAGUUUUAGACUACAUUUUUGCUUGGUGACACUUGUUUUGUUUUCGUUAAAUGGUUUGUAAUUUAAGAAUAAAUUGUAACAUUUCAUCAUCUUAAAACA